AUGUGCGACUUUGUGUCGGCUUGCCAGGCUGAAAAGCAAGAGAGAGAGAAAGAAGGGCUGACGGUGCCGUCUGCGGUGGUGGCAUUGUCCGGAAAAAUGGCGGAUCGCUUAAUGCUUGCUUCUGUUUUCGUUUCCUUUGUCGGAGUUAUACUCUUCUACGUUUCUUAUCUUAUUAAAAAUGGACGUCCACACAAAUCUGCAUCGAUCACAACAAAAUCAACCUCUAUCACCACAGAAUGCAGAUCUGGAGACGAGACCGAUGUUAUUAUCGUCGGCGCCGGUGUUGCUGGUGCUGCUCUCGCUCUUACUCUCGCCAAGGAUGGACGCCGUGUACAUGUGAUUGAAAGAGACCUAACAGAGCCUGAUCGAAUUGUUGGUGAGCUGCUACAACCAGGUGGUUAUCUCAAACUAAUGGAACUGGGACUAGAAGAUUGUGUGGAAAAUAUUGAUGCUCAAAGGGUGUUUGGAUAUGCUCUUUUCAAGGAUGGGAAGAACACUCGACUCUCUUAUCCAUUGGAGAAGUUUCAUGCAGAUGUUGCUGGCAGAAGCUUUCACAAUGGUCGUUUCAUACAGAGAAUGCGGGAAAAAGCUUCAUCACUUCCCACUAUUCGUUUGGAGCAAGGAACAGUCGUAUCUCUUCUUGAAGAAGAAGGUACCAUUAAAGGCGCUCUUUACAAGACUAAAAGUGGGAAAGAAAUGAAAGCAUAUGCACCAUUAACCAUUGUAUGUGAUGGAUGCUUUUCUAAUUUGAGGCGCUCUCUUUGCAAUCCUCAGGUGGAUGUGCCUUCUUGUUUUGUUGGUUUAGUCUUGGAAAACUGCCAACUACCAUAUGAAAACCAUGGACAUGUAGUUUUAGCAGAUCCAUCACCUAUCUUGUUCUACCGGAUUAGUAGUACAGAAAUCCGUUGUCUAGUUGAUGUUCCAGGUCAAAAAGUGCCCUCAAUUUCAAAUGGUGAUUUGUCAAAGUAUCUAAAGAAUGUUGUUGCUCCUCAGAUCCCUGAGGAGUUGAAAGAUGGUUUCAUAGCAGCAGUUGAGAAAGGAAACAUAAGGACAAUGCCAAACAGAAGCAUGCCAGCUGCUCCUCAGCCAACUCCAGGUGCUUUGUUAAUGGGGGAUGCUUUCAACAUGCGUCAUCCUCUCACUGGUGGUGGAAUGACUGUGGCAUUGUCUGAUAUUGUUGUCUUGAGAGACCUCCUUAGACCUCUUCGUGACCUCCAUGAUUCAUAUACUCUCUGCAAAUAUCUCGAGUCCUUUUAUACCCUCCGAAAGCCUGUGGCAUCCACCAUCAAUACAUUAGCAGGAGCACUAUACAAAGUCUUUUGUGCUUCACCUGAUAAAGCAAGACAAGAGAUGCGAGAAGCAUGUUUUGACUAUUUAAGCCUUGGAGGUGUAUUCUCAAAUGGGCCUGUAGCUUUGCUAUCGGGCCUAAACCCUAGGCCCAUGAGUCUAGUCAUACACUUCUUUGCAGUUGCAGUAUAUGGUGUUGGCCGUUUGUUGCUUCCUUUUCCUUCCCUUAAACGGAUGUGGAUUGGCGCCAGAUUGAUUUCGGGUGCCUCUGGAAUCAUAUUUCCGAUCAUAAAGGCGGAAGGAGUUAGACAAAUGUUCUUCCCUGCAACAGUGGCUGCAUAUUACAGAGCUCCUCCUCCACAAUGAGAGGUAGUAUUCUAUAAUCAGUGAUUGUAGUGUGAGUUUCAAGUUUUCAAUUUUUCUUUGAUAUUUGUUCUUUUUUCUUUUUUUCGAUUUUGUUCAAACUCAAAACAUGUACAGUUUAGUUUUGUAUGUUUAGGAGCGGGAAUAUAAAUGAACAUU